AUGUCGACUGCACAAGAACCAUGCGCUGCAUGCAGCUGGACUACAGAGCGUCAAGACUCUUGUGGCUAUCAAAGUAAUGUCAAAGUUUUCUAUGCCGUCGGUGACCGAGCAGCUUGGAAAGUUGGGUCGCAGAGAAUUAUCAAAGACAGGUCUAGCCAUCCUCCGAAUUCAGAGGCCGAGAAUCUUCGAUUCAUCCGCGAAAACACAACCAUACCUAUUCCUGUAGUCGUUGAUGACUGGACAGACCGGGAUCGUCAUUUCUUAAUCACGGAACGCAUACCCGGCACACCGCUCAGUGAGGUUUGGCCGAGCUUAUCUGAAACUGAUAAAGAUAGUUUCGCCAAGCAGAUGGUUGGAUAUCUCCUUCAACUUCGGACUCUCUGCUCGACGAGAAUACAAAGUAUCAACGAACAGCCCGUAUACUCCGCAUUUCUGUUCCGUGACGGCUAUGGAAUUCCCCAUGGCCCUUUGACCUCUGACGAGCAGCUCUGGGAUGAAAUGGCCAAAGGCUUGAAGAAUGUGCCGCAAGACAUUCAAGACCGUCUGAGACGACGAAUGCCAGCGGCUCGGCCGUACACCUUUACCCAUGGCGACCUGACUUCAAAGAACAUUAUUGUUCAAAACGGCAGGAUUACGGGAAUUGUUGAUUGGGAAAGUAGUGGGUACUUUCCAGUUUGGUGGGAAUUUGUCUCUACUGCGAUUGUCGACAGUGAACAUGAUCGUUUGUGGAAGGACCAAUUGCGCGGCCAUAUGGAAGAUUGGGGGGAGGGGUUACAGUUUUGGCGGUGUUAUUAUAGUCUGUCGAGAUGGCCAAAUGUCGAUGAGAAGUUGCUGCAGUGGCUUCAAUAA